GGAUAUAAAAGAGCUACGUUGCUAGAGCCAGCCCGCCAGUUCGUUUAGAAGGGCAAAAUGGUACAGUCCAGGUUUAGCUUGCUUGUUCUCCUGACAUUCUUGUGCAUUGCAAGAUCACAAGACUUCACGGCCCAGCUGCUAAAGCCCGGCCAUGAAUGCGUAAGGGAAUGCAAGGAAGGCGAGUCUCCAAUGUUUUGUCACUACAAGUUCACUGUAGAGCUAUACCAAACUUUGGGAGCGCCCUGCGAUCUGUGCCAUCCUGACGAUAAGUUUACUUCCAAGUGCCCUUGCAUCUUGGCUGAUGGUUUUGAGCGAACUCUGCUUGCAGUCAACAAAAUGCUGCCUGCACCAAGUAUACAGGUUUGCGCAGGCGACAGGAUCGUCGUUGACGUGACGAACGCGAUGGAGGGUUACGACACGACACUUCACUGGCACGGCCUCCGUCAGAAGAACACCCAGUACUUUGAUGGAGUACCGAUGAUCACGCAAUGUCCUAUUAGCGCGGGACAGACGUUUAGAUACCAGAUGAUCACCAACGAGGGCACAUACUUCUACCACACGCACUCGGGCCUCCAAAAAUUCGAUGGUAUCGAGGGCAGCGUCAUCGCGAGAUUGCCUCGCAGCCAGGACGGUGCUGCACAUCUGUUCGACUAUGAUCUUCCCGAGCACGUGGUGUUCGUCAACGACUGGAUGCACACGCACAUCGAGAGCAAGUUUCCAGGAUUGCGAACGAGAAGCACUGCUCAGCAACCGACAUCAAUCUUGAUCAACGGAAAAGGAAGAUGGACGGAUCUGAGCGCCGGCAACACUACAACAACGCCACUGGAAGUCUUCAACGUGAAGAAGGGGUACAGGUACAGGUUCAGAAUGAUCAACUCUAUGACGUCCGCGUGCACCUUGGGCAUGAGGGUUAUCGGCCAUAACCUGACAGUCAUAACUACGGAUGGAGAGUUGGUGCGUCCGCAAGUUGUGGAUGCGAUACAUAGUUCAGCUGGUGAGAGAUACGACUUCAUUCUACACGCAGACCAAGAGGCGGGCGAAUACUGGAUACAGUUUUGGGCGACUGGAUUAUGUCUUGAUGACCAAAUUCAGCAACUGGCUAUCCUUAAAUACGAAGGUUCAGAUUCUACUAAACUGGCUGUGGUUCCUACAUACCAAGAAGCAUUGAAUCAUACGGGCUUGGCACUGAAUUAUCCAUUAACGACAUGCGGCCACGACACCACGCACGGACUCUGCUUGGCCCAUUUGAGAAGCGGAUAUGAAAUAGAUGACAAGGAGCUUCUGAAAGAGAAACCAGAUGUGAAGCUGUAUCUCAACUAUACUCUUAUGUCGUACGCGGCAGAGGAACUCUUCCAGAACGACUCGCACAGAACAUACGCAGUUUUCGGAGGAACGCAGUACGUGCAAGCGUUCGUGAACGGAUAUUCGUUCAAGUUCCCGCCAUCACCACUGCUCAGUCAAUAUCAAGACGCUAAACACUCAAUUUGUCCCACCGACGGAUCGAACCCGCCAGGCUGUUCAGGAAACUGCUCCUGCACCAAUGUCUUCAAUGUUCCGCUCAACUCUGUUGUGGAGAUUGUAAUGAUUGAUGGAGUUGAUCUUGCUGACGUCCACUCUUUCCACCUCCACGGAUAUACGUUCAAGGUGGUGGGCAUGGGAACUCCUGCAGAUCUCAACGUUACUGCUUGCAACUCAAACAACAUAAGGGAAUUUGACGAAGCUGGAAAACUGAAAAGGAAUCUCAUCGACCCCCCCGGCAAGGACACAGUGACAGUGCCGGACAAAGGAUACGCCAUCUUCCGAUUCCGUGCCGACAAUCCUGGCUUCUGGCUUUUUCACUGCCACUUUGACGUGCACAUGCACAUCGGCAUGGCUGCGGUGCUCCAAGUGGGCGACUGGUGGGACGUACCCGCCGUUCCUUAUGGGUUUCCCAGAUGCGGUAGCUACGUUCCCGAUAUAAACAUAGCGCUGCUACAAUCCGCACCCAAAACGGAAUAAGAAAUAUUCAGUGGAAAAAAGAAAUAGACGUUUUAUAAGAAUUGUGCAAACCGAACAACAAAAUAUUACUGAUUGAGCAACUCCUGGUGUUCCUUCGUGUAAAACAUUUUUAUUGAAGAUUAUUCAUGUCCAUGAGAAUAAACAGGUGAAAUGAGGAGAAACGAACAUUGUUGCAGGCAAAUCGUUUUAAUUUGUUAAAUGGCGGAGUCUCACUGAUAUACAGGGUGUUUCAGCUUAUUGUCGCAUAACUUUAAGAAUCGAUACAACUUUUAAAAUUAAUGCAUAAAGUCUAUAUAAACAUGGGUCGAAAAAUGCGUGGCUUCCGAAAUACAGGGUGUUCAAAUUUACUUUCUAAAAUAGUUUUUUUUUAAAUAUUUCGAACAAUAUUUGAUGUAUAAUAGUGAAAAUUGGUAUACAAGGGUUUUUUGGGAGGACAAAACGAACCAUGGGCAUGGUUUUACUGUAACCGCUAGAGGGCGCUCUCUACUGUACCUGUAGUGUAUUAAAAUGACCGAAAAAUUUUUCUUAGUGCAAUUUUUUGCUUUUUGAAUAAAAAAACUGAUUCUCCGCACUUUUCAUGCUUAUCAGAUCAGCAAUCACUUGCGCAUGUGCUGCAUGGUGUUUUCUUGCCAAAACGCAUAUGCGUAAUUUGCAGGUUUUGCAGAACAGAACCUUGCGAACCAUCACUAACGCACCAUGGUACGUCUCCGAGACCCUUAACAGAGACCUCGACAUCCCUUACCUAAGAGACUACAUCAAACAUCAGGCGCAGUUACGCUAUAGUCAAGCAACCCUCUGUUGUGUGAGUCAGUAGACUACACAGUCGAGCAAGUUCGCAAGCACACAAGACUGCGGCUCGCACUGUGAUCAAAAUCAAAUCGUGCAAUUCUAGAUCCAACCAAAAUUACGAUUUUUGCCACACACAAAUUCCUAAAUUAAUUUUAGGAUUAAUUUAAAAUAACCGAAUACCAGUUCGUUCUUUCCUUUCUUUCUUUCAGUUGAUACGUUUGAAGGAACAUAAUAUAUUUGUAGUGAAACAGCUUCCUACAAAACAGCUUUAACAGAUUUCUCUUUGCCGCCUUUACGAACGUUAACGGGAAUACUAUUUCAACGGAUAACGUGAGAUGCGUUCAUACGACACAAUUUCGCCGUUUUAUGUGUUACUAUAAGCGAAGAGAUUGCUGGAUAUUUCAAGUCUGAGAUUGUAUAUUAUAUGAUGUCUAUAUCACAAGCUUGAUUACCGGAUAGAGCGGUUCUUGGUACUGUGUGGGAUAUAAAUCGUUUUGAUCAGAAAAUAUUGCGGUACAGCGAAGAUGGUAUUAUUUUAUAACCUUUAUGUUAUUUUCGGAAAUAAUUAUACAAAUUACCGAUAACACUGGACAACAAAUUUUAGUUUUUUAAUUGUAUCUUGUUAAUUUUGGGGCGCUGAAUCCAAAAAUGACAAUGAAAUAAAAAAAAUAGUUGCGG